GCCCUCCCCUUCCGGCUCACUUCCGCCUACCCCGCCCAGGCAGCCGGACCGGAAGCGUCGCGCUCUAACCCGAUCCUUCUGGUCUAGGUGGAAACCCGGGUGCUGCCGAUAUGCCGGCUUACCACUCUUCUCUCAUGGACCCCGACACCAAACUCGUUGGAAACAUGGCACUGUUACCUAUCAGAAGUCAGUUCAAAGGACCUGCCCCUAGAGAGACAAAAGAUACAGAUAUUGUGGAUGAAGCCAUCUAUUACUUCAAGGCCAAUGUCUUCUUCAAAAACUAUGAAAUUAAGAAUGAAGCUGAUAGGACCUUAAUAUAUAUAACUCUCUACAUUUCUGAGUGUCUGAAGAAACUCCAAAAGUGCAAUUCCAAAAGCCAAGGCGAGAAAGAAAUGUAUACACUGGGAAUUACUAAUUUUCCCAUUCCUGGAGAGCCCGGUUUUCCACUUAAUGCAAUUUAUGCCAAACCUGCAAACAAACAGGAAGAUGAAGUGAUGAGAGCAUACUUACAGCAGCUCAGGCAAGAGACCGGGCUGAGACUUUGUGAGAAAGUUUUCGACCCUCAGAAUGAUAAACCUAGUAAGUGGUGGACUUGCUUUGUGAAGAGACAGUUCAUGAACAAGAGCCUCUCAGGACCUGGACAGUGAAGGGAUCCUGGGCAGCUACCGUCUCCAGACACGAGCAGCAUUUUACAGCGAGAUGUACACAAUCCUUUGCCUUUGUUUCCUAAAAUUUUAUACGGAAGAGAGAAGAGAGCAUGUCUUUGCUUGGAAAGCUCUUGAUCAAGAUUUUGAGUGGGGGGAGGGAGAGUGGGUUGUCCAAGGGUGAUUUGAAAUUUUGGCAGUAUUAAGCUGGUGCUUAAUAGGAAUAAGUAAUAAUAAAGAAGUUUCUAACAUUCCA